CAGAAACUCUGCGCUCCACCAGAAUGGCUCCAACCAACACCGGAGACUGUCCCGUCUCAAUGCUGUCCAGCAAAGACAGACACAAACUGAGGAAACCGGCCGUGGAGAAGAUGCGCAGAGACCGCAUCAACAGCUGCAUCGAGCAGCUCAAGAUCCUGCUGGAGAAGGAGUUCCACAAACAGGAUCCCAACGGCAAGCUGGAGAAGGCCGACGUGCUGGAGAUGACGGUGGUGUUCCUGAAGCAGCGGCUGCGGCCCCCGAGCCCGGCCGCCCACGCGGCUCACGGCGACGGCUACUCCCACUGCUGGAAGGAGACGCUGCGCUUCCUGUCCGCCGCCUCUCUGAAGGAAGCCACGCUGCCCGACCUCCGGCACCUCUGCGCCGGCCCCGCGCCGGCCCCCUCCUCCCACGUCCACAUCCAGGCCGCAGUGAAGCAGCCGCCCGGCGCUCACAGAGCCGUGUGGAGGCCGUGGUAG